GCGGCGCCAUUUUGUGUUCAGAGCCGCUACAGCCGCCGGCGGUGCGGGGUGUAGGUGCCGGAGACGGGAAACUCGGGAUGGCGGAGACCCUGGCAGGCUCUGGCGACUCGGGUUCUGGCACGGCCGCUGUUGGUCCGGGCGCCUCGGAGGCGGGGACGCGGCGGCUCAGCGAGCUGCGAGUGAUCGACCUGCGGGCGGAGCUGAAGAAGCGAAACCUGGACACGGGAGGCAACAAGAGCGUCCUGAUGGAGCGACUCAAGAAGGCAGUUAAAGAAGAAGGGCAGGAUCCUGAUGAAAUUGGCAUCACAUUGGAAGCCACAAACAAGAAGACAGCAAAGAGAUAUGUUAAAGGACAGAAGAUAGAGGAAGAAGGCACAGAAGAUAAUGGCCUAGAAGAGGAUUCCAGAGACGGGCAGGAGGAUGUGGAAGCAAGUUUGGAGAGCUUGCAGAAUAUUGACAUGAUGGAUGUUAGUGUGUUAGAAGAAGCUGAAAUCGAGAACAGCAGUGCCCCAGACUUUGGGGAUGAUGGCACAGACAGCAUCCUCGAUUCCCUUUGUGAUAGCAAAGAGUAUGUGGCUGCACAGCUGAGUGAGCUUCCAGCUCAGCUCACAGAACAUGCUGUAGACGGGGAAGGCUUUGAGAGCACUUUGGAUGCUUCAUCGUUGGACUUCAAAGUACCUUCGGAUAUUGAAGAACCACUCUUGGAGCCAGAAAAUGAGAAAAUACUCGACAUUUUGGGGGAAACUUGUAAAUCUGAGCCAGUAAAAGAAGAAGGUUCCGAGCUGGAGCAGCCAUUUGCACAGGAUACAAGUAGCGUGGGGCCAGACAGAAAGCUUGCGGAGGAAGAGGACCUUUUUGGCAGCGGCCAUCCGGAGGAGGGUGAUUUAGAUUUGGCCAGCGAGUCAACAGCACAAGCUCAGUGGAGCGAGGCAGACACCCUGUUAGCGGUAGUGAAAAGGGAGCCCGUGGAGCAGACAGGCGGUGACGAGAGGAUGGACUGUGAGCCUGUAGGGCUAGAGGAGCCAGUUGAGCAGAGUAGUAAAGCCUCAGAGCGCACAGAAGCCUCUAGCGAGGAGGUCGCAGAAGCGCCCCAGGAAGCCUCAAGCCCAGACCCCAGAGAUAGCAAAGAAGACGUGAAGAAGUUUGCUUUUGAAGCUUGUAAUGAAGUCCCUCCGGCUCCUAAAGAGUCCUCAGCCAGUGAGGGCGCUGAUCAGAAAAUGAGUUCUUUUAAGGAAGAAAAAGAUAUAAAGCCAGUCAUUAAAGAUGAAAAAGGUCGUAUCAGCAGCAGUUCUGGUAGGAAUUUGUGGGUCAGUGGAUUGUCCUCCACAACUCGAGCAACAGAUCUGAAGAACCUUUUCAGCAAGUAUGGAAAGGUUGUUGGCGCCAAAGUGGUGACCAAUGCCCGCAGUCCUGGGGCUCGAUGCUAUGGCUUUGUCACCAUGUCGACAUCUGAUGAGGCUACGAAAUGUAUCAGCCAUCUCCACAGAACUGAGCUUCAUGGAAGAAUGAUCUCCGUAGAGAAGGCCAAAAACGAACCUGCUGGGAAAAAGCUGUCCGACAAAAAGGAGUGUGAAGUGAAGAAGGAAAAAGUAUCUAGUGUUGACAGACAUCAUCCUGUGGAGAUCAAAGUUGAAAAAACUGUAAUUAAGAAGGAAGAGAAGAUGGAGAAAAAGGAGGGAAAAAGGCCUGAAGACAUUAAAAAGGAAGAAAAAGACGAAGACGAGCUAAAACCAGGAACUACAAAUCGGUCCAGAGUCACCAAAUCAGGGAGCAGAGGAAUGGAACGGACGGUAGUAAUGGAUAAAUCAAAAGGAGAGCCUGUCAUUAGUGUGAAAACCACAAGCAGGUCAAAAGAAAGAAGCUCCAAGAGUCAGGAUCGAAAAUCAGAAAGCAAAGAGAAGAGAGACAUCUUAUCAUUUGACAAAAUCAAAGAGCAAAGGGAGCGAGAGCGCCAGAGGCAGUGGGAGCGGGAAAUCCGAGAGUCGGAGAGGCGGCGAGAGCGCGAGCAGCGUGAGCGGGAGCAGCGCCUGGAGGCCUGGAAGGAGAAGGCACGGCUGCACCGGGAGCGCAUGGAGCUUGAGUGCCAGCGUCACCUCCUGGAGCGGGAGCGCAUGGAGCGGGAACGGCUGGAACGAGAGCGUAUGCGAGUGGAGCGGGAGCGCAGAAAGGAGCAGGAGCGCAUUCACCGUGAGCGGGAGGAGCUGCGGCGUCAGCAGGAACAGCUACGCUAUGAGCAGCGGCAGGGGCUCCGGAGGCCCCACGAUGAUGGGAGGCGAGAUGAUGCCUAUUGGCCAGAAGGAAAACGUGUGGCCCUGGAGGACAGGUACCGCCCGGAUUUCCCUCGGUACGAUCACCGUUUCCACGACUUUGACCAUCGAAACCGAGGCCAGUACCAGGACCAUGCGGUCGACAGGAGGGAGGGCUCAAGGACAGUGAUGGGAGAGCGAGAUGGACAGCACUACUCAGAUGACCGCCAUGGCCAUGGAGGACCACCAGAGCGCCACGGCCGGGACUCUCGGGAUGGCUGGGGGGGCUACGGCUCAGACAAGAGGAUGAGUGAGGGCCGGGGGCCACCACCUCCACCCAGGGGUGGACGUGACUGGACGGAGCACAGUCAGAGGCUAGAGGAGCACCAGGAGCGUGCCUGGCCAGGCAUGGUAGACGCAGGCACGGCAGGCCGGGAGCACGCCAGGUGGCUAGGUGCUGAGAGGGGCCUCUCUGGGCCCUCAGGGACAGGGCACAUGGCCAAUCGGGGUGGAAUGUCGGGGCGAGGCGGCUUUGCACAAGAUGGGCAUUCCCAGGGCCACGUGGUGCCCAGUGGAGAACUGGAAGAUGGAGGACUGGCCGGCCAGGACCGGGGCAGCAGAGUCCCGCACCCCCACCCCCAUCCAUACCCCCACUUCACUCGCCGCUACUAAACCCCACUCCCUCCACGUGUUCAGGUAGGCAGAUGCACUGUUGAAUUUCUUAGCCAGUUACCUUGAACUUGUGGAAUCUUUUAAGAAGCAAAAACAAAUCCUGCCACCAUGUUGUAGCUCAGUAAUAUGUGAACUCAUUUUUUUUUUUUUUUAAAUAAGCGUGUUCUUGUUCUGCCAUUUUUGAAACAAGGUUUCUGUAAUGAGGCAUUCCAUUUUCCAUUAAUAAAAGUUUACGGUUCGCA